AUGCUGGACUGGCUCUACUCUCCCCAAAAGGCUGCUGGCAACGAUGUCCCCAUCGACCCUGCCCUCACGGAGGCCGGCACGACCCUCGCGCCGUUCGACCCCUUCCUCGGCAGGACGCGUCGCAAAGCCUCUGCGGGCGUGACGGACGCGAUCAAGGCGGAGCUGUACGAUUCGGAUGAGCUAGAGUACGCCGACUAUGGCCGCGAGGCGUCGCAGCAGCCGCACUCCGGACCGAGGCCCAUCAGCCAACCAAGGAGAAGAGCGACGAAGGGCUUCAUGGAGGCGCUGAGGGGUGAGGCGGACGAUUCAGACGAGCACGAAAAUCUUGACGAGGCGCAGAAUCAGCCUGCCGCAGAUGGAGCGAGUGUCGGGCAGGAUUCUCCUCUUGCGCAGAACAACGCCUCGACUUCCGCUUCGAGGGCUCUCCGUUCGCCGACUGAGCGCAAGAAGACUGUCAAAAGCGUUCAGGGUGCCGCGCAGGCGCCGCGCAAGCGUGGCAAGACUUCGCAGGCCGCUCCUUCUUCCGACCGCUGGACGGCUGCCGAGCACGAGGCGCUCUUGCGAGCUACCGACCUUGUCUCGAUCCCCGGUACGGCGCUGGUCUGGCUGGGCUUUGAGGAGCUUCGCAGACCUCAGCUUCUCGCCGAGUACAUCCGACGCCAGACCGGCACCAUCAAGACGUCUAGCCAGAUCAAUCGCCGUCUUACCAGGAUCACCCGCCUUCCCGCAAUGAGGGACCGUGUGCGCGGCUCGGAGAUGUCGCUCAAGGAAGCACGCGAAACUGACUGGCAUGCGCGACUUGGACCCGACCGCUUCCCGCACACGAAGCCCGUCUCUUUGCUCGACACCUACGGCACGACUACUGCGAAGAAGGGAGCCGCUCCGGCAUCCCCUAUCGCGGACCUCGACUCUAACCGCGCCAAGAAGCCUCGUCUCAGCCCUCCUGACGGCACUUCGACUCCUGCAGCCGACUUUGCGACCGCUUCGAAUGCUUAUACGAGUGGGAGCGGUCUUGCACUAGACCAGGAGGGCGCGCUCAAGCGGGUGACCUUCUUCGAAGGACCUCUCGACGACCAGCCCAAGCCACGCGUGCGCAGCAAGAAGCCCAAGUCGCGCCCCUUCGUCAUCGACCUUUCGGCGAUUCUCUCAUCUCUCGUUCCCGGCCGCGACCUUACGACCUCGGCGCACGCCCUCUUCGCCUGCGGCAUCACCUCGACCUCUCACUUCGCCGACUUGCUCAUCUUCGAUAAGGACGUCGCGAACGUCUUCGUCGACAUCGUUGGCAGGAGAAUGGAGCUGAGCGCGUUCGAGGUCGCCUGGACGAAGAAGGCGCUCGAGACUGGGAGGAACCGCAUUGCCCUCGAGGGCUAG